AUGGGGGAGCACUCCGAAACCGAAACAAGCUCUACCUUGCCUACAGUCCGUAUUCAGCUCCUGAGCGACCUGCACCUGGAGAUGCCUCGGCCUUAUCAUCCAGAAUCAGGAUACAGCGAGGACGGACAUGUUUUUGAAUACGACUUCCCGGCACGCGCCGACGUCCUUGCAUUGCUUGGAGACAUCGGUGUAACGCGAGACGACCGUUUCUUCGCCUGGCUUCGUUCCCAGCUGAAGCGGUUCAAAUUGGUGCUCUUCCUCUCCGGUAACCACGAAGCAUACCACUCGUCUCUGGAAGCGUCAAACCGCAGACUCGUCGCAUUCGCCGCACAGUGCGACGAAUGGGCAGCCAACCCGCCCGCCGGCCAGUCCAUCGGCCGUUUCGUCCUCCUCGACCGCACGCGGUUCGACCUCUCCGAUACGGUCACCGUGCUCGGCUGCACGCUGUGGUCCCGCCUCGACAUGCUGAACGCCGAGAUGCUCUGCUUAGGCCUGAACGACUUCCGCCUCAUCUCGGACAUGAACAUCGCGACGUACACGGCCCUCCACCGGCGGGACGUCGAGUGGCUCGAGCGGAGCAUCACGCAGAUCGCCCGCGACGAGCCCCAUCGGCGGAUCGUCGUGAUGACCCACCACGCGCCCACCGUCGCGGACACGUCCGAGGAGAGGUUCGUCGGGGGGCCGCUGAACUCGGCGUUCGCGACGGAGUUGACGGAAGGGCCGUGCUGGAACGAGCGGGUGAAGGUGUGGAUGUUCGGACACACGCACUGGCCGUGCGACUUCGAGAGGAAGGGUGUGAGGGUUGUGAGCAAUCCGAGGGGUUAUCGGCAUGCCAUGGACGGCUUUGAGCCUCACAUGGUGGUAGAAAUAUAA